GGCAUUUAAGCUCGACACAAUUUCUGGUCGUCCGUGUUCAUAAAUGUUUCAGUUGAAAGGAAGGUAGCAGCCCCGGAAACUAACAAUCUUGUUGAUUGGAAUCACACCAGUCGAUAGAGUGGAAUUUUAAGGAAAAAGUUCCCCACAACGUAAGCAUGGCCGAUGUAGCGAAAAUUCUGCUUCUUUCUGCGGCGAUUUUUCUCGUACAAAGUGUUCUAGGUGCAAAUGAUAUUAAAUUCGUCAAGCCUCUUCCAAAAGGCGUCUAUGCUUUUGAGUUUGACUCAGCCAGCGUUACAUGUAUCGCUUUGGAUUCCUCCGGCAGUACUGAGCCUCUGAUCAUCAGCUUUAAGAGGAAAGACAACAUGGGUGAACUUCGUGAAAUAGUGGAAGAUGACAACGUCUUCUUCAGGAACCAAACUCAGUCAGUCGUUUUGUCUUCAUGUAGCAAGUUAUUCAAAAAUAAAGAGUCAACUAUUAUUGCCUUCCCAGAGAACGAAAUUCCUAAAGUCACAGUCACACCUGACACUCAAGUCCUGAAACACGAUGAAGACCUCAACCUCUUUUGCAACUUAACCAAUAAAGGAAGCGAUGGAAAUAAACUAGAAAAAAUGUAUUGGUUUAAAGAUGAUGUGUUGUUAGAUAGUCUGAAAAUCGAAGAAUCGGAAAAAGACUCUCUUGAGUUUCCACGGGAAAUUAAACGCGUGGGAGUCAGAAAUGGAGGAAUAUACUCGUGCGUUCUGGAAGCCAAAUUAAGAGGUGUUCUGGGACACAACGUGUCGGAUGACGCUAUGAUUCGGGAACCACCAUUUGGAAUUGUACAACCUUUUCCAGAGAACAUCUACCCCCUUGAGUUCACGCGUGCCAAUGUUACUUGUAUUGCAUUUGAUGCAACUGGUACACAAGAACCAAAAAAUAUAACAUUUUAUCGAAGAGAUGACCUUAAUCUAUAUAGGGAAGUAACUGGUGAUGAGUACUUGUUCUCAACCAAAACAGAAUAUGUAGGUGUACGUAAAAUAAAAAAAUUGUUUACUACCAUGACUUGGAAGAAUAUAACAAGAGAAGAUGACAGUCAGAACAGUCAGCUUGGAAGCUAUGAGUGCCAUGCUUUUGCAGUAGAUAAUAGCGUAAAAGAAAAGAGGCAUGGCUUUAGUGUCAGUGUUAUUACAGAAAGUGAAAUCCCAAAAGUGAAUGUCCCAGGCUCCAUUCUACUUGAUCCAGGUGAUAACAUCAAAAUCUUCUGCAACCUUACUGAAAGAGGAAACGAAUACAGCACCCCACUGAAGAGGAUUUCCUGGUAUAAGGAUGGGAGGUUGUUGGAGACUGUGCGGAAUCCAGAUCCAGAUGCAGAGCAGCAAAAUGAUUUUUUACCCCCACUGGAGCUUGAAAAUGUUGGUUUCCAAGAUGGGGGAACAUACACCUGUAGUUUGGUAGUAAAGUUAAGGAACAUCAAGGAGUACAUUGUCAAAGAUACCACAGUAAUAAAGAGUAAGUACAAUACACAAUUGUGCUGGGAACCACAAUUUGGAAUUGUGCAACCUUUUCCAGAGAACAUCUACUCCCUUGAGUACACCUCAGCUAAUGUUACUUGUAUUGCAUUUGAUGCAACUGGUAAACAAGAACCAAAACAUAUAACGUUUUAUAGAAGAGAUGACCAUAAUCAAUAUAGGGAAAUAACUGGUGAUAACUACUUGUUCACAAACAGAACAGAAUAUUUAGUCACAACUGUUACAGUGAAAUUGUGUUUGAGCGACCGUGGAUUUUAUUACUGUUGUCUUCCUUCAAACUGCUCCAAAAAUGUAGAAGAUAAGUGCCAGCGAUUCAUUCUUCGUGUCAGAGAUCGAUUGGGCCCUCUGUGGCCUGUUAUUGGUAUUAUUGUUGAGGCCCUUGUUCUCUUCUUAAUCAUCUUCAUUGCUGAAAAGAGAAAGAAGGACAAAGAGAAAGCUGAAAAGGUUGAUGGUCGAAUGGAGUUCAGUUACAGUUCCACAGAUGACGGAAAUGGCACAAGGGGCCAAGUGCGCUUGCGUAAAGCGGGUGAAACCCCAGUUGCCUAGAACGUUUUACUGAUACUGUACGUGUGUAGCCCAUCCUAGUCAUUUUUUUUGGCUUUUCUUAUAGAGCUUUAAGAUAAAAGAGAAACUGCAAUUUUAUUUGAAAUACGUGUUUCUUAAAUGUUUUCGCGAAAGCUGCUAUAUCA